CCCACGUAUAGACAAGACUGGUUCAUUUUCGUUCUUUGGCCAGUUAGCGCAGAGAUUGUUGAUGACAUGAACAUGUCAUUUCUGUGUACAGUCCUUCAAAAGCAAACAAUGGUUACAACCUCCACAAUAUGCUUGCGCACUAUAAAUAAUCUGAGUUGUUAGUCUGCUUGUCAAAUCCCAGGAGGAAACUGGCAGUGGUCCAAGAAACAUCUAAACAAUCUGGAAUGUCACAGCCUAUCCACACCGUACUCUUAAGGCGGAGUUAAACAGGGCGAUACAAGUCACAAACACUUUAAAUUGACGUCUUAUCCUCUCUUCUCACAAGCUCUCCCAGACUUCUUCAUAAUACGUCGUUUAUUAUUCUUCGGUUUAUUUUUGCUGGUGGAAUGAAACUAUUAACAGUGAAAGCAAAGUAUCUGAUGAUCACUGUUUUAUUUUGUUAUUGAACUCGCUCGCAAUGUGGAGUGUGGAAUAUGAUUCUCAAAACAGCUUUUCUCUAUCUGUGUUUAUUGAUCAUGAAGGGUGUGUUUGGUGUUGGUGCAGAUGAAGUGAAGUCAGUGACGGAGGGAGAUUCUGUCACACUAAACACUCAUCUCACUCACAUACAGACACAAGAUCACAUACUGUGGCAGUUUGAAUCUCAAGGGACUCGUAUCGCUGAAAUAUAUGCACAGAUCCUCUGUACAUAUGAUAGACCACAACUGGACAAUCAGACUGGAUCUCUCACCAUCACAAACAUCACAAGCACAGACUCUGGACUUUAUAAACUACUGAUCAUCAGAAACACAGGAACUUCAUACAAGAGAUUCAAUGUUACUGUCUAUGCUCGUCUGCCUGUUCCUGUCAUCAUCAGAAACUCUUCUCAAUGUUCUUCAUCAUCAGAAAGAUCUUCAGUGUCAAUAUGUGUGUUGUUGUGUUCAGUGAUGAAUGUGACACGUGUGAGUCUCUCCUGGUACAAAGGAAAGAGUUUAUUGUCCAGCAUCAGUGUGUCUGAUCUCAACAUCAGACUCUCUCUACCUCUGGAGGUGGAAUAUCAGGAUACAAACACAUACAGAUGUGUCAUCAACAAUCCCAUCACAAACCACACACAACAUCUCAACAUCAAUGAGAUCUGUCGGCCGUGUCCAGAUUUUAUCCAGCGUUCACAUUUAAUACUGCUGAUAGCUGCUGUUGUGCUGCUGGUCAUAGUUUCAUCUGUUUGUUUGAUUUACUGCCACUACAACAACUGUAAACAACCAGCAAUGAACGAUGUUAAAGAAGAUCACACAUCAUGCUCAACUGUAAAUAAUAUGAAUACAAAAAUAACUAAUAAAGUUUGUUUUAUAUGACUGGUUGUCCGUUAUUAAACCGAACAACACCGUUGAUCACCACGACAGACGUUUGCAAUACAAAAACAUUUCUCAGCUUUUUGUAAUGAAUAUUUGCAAAUCAAAGAUUAUAUUGCUGGACAUCUGAAGCAUCACAGUGUAUCAUUUUACCAUCAUGUCAAAGGCAUUUACAGACAGAUUGGCCACCAGGACACAAUCACAUUGAUACCUGCAACAAAUACACUUGUGUGAUUUACAAUCUAAUAUAAUCUGAUAAAUAUACUAAAAAGAGUGUACGCGAUUUGAAGUCUGUUCUUAUUCUUUGAUCAAGAAUAAAUAGGCUUAUGGGUAUUCCUCAUCACAACUUCUAAAGUUGCACUUGAUGUAUAAUAUAAUAAGAUAUAAUUUGCAAAAAUUAUGAAUUGUUAAAUUACUUUUGUAAUGGAGAUGACACUCUCUUGUUUUAAUAACAAACAACAACAUGAUUUUACAGUGUCUUUUACAGAACAAACUCUGUGUCAGUUUAUGAAAACAUGUAUAGGCCUACAACAGAUAGAUAUAACAAAAGAAAAAAACAAGCAUACUGCAUAAAGUAUCUUCACAAUAGCUGCAUUUAUAGCUGGGCUGGGGCUCAACAUACUCAAACAGCCCUGCCCAACAAUAACGUUUCUGUGUUAUCCUCUAUACUGCCUGGGGUUACUCUGUCGUUUUUCUGGUUUAGUUGAAAUUUAAAUGUAACCCAUUUGUUUAUUAAGAUAGCAAAAUCAACAUCAAAAUCUGCAAAAUCAACAUAAAAAAAACGAUUUUACUGUACAGCCUUCCACACAUUCCUGACAAAGUCAUGAAAACAACAAAUGAUUGCAAAAAUUGAUAUGCACAUUAUGAAAAAAAAAUUCCCCUUUAAAAUGUUCUCUAUCCAGUUUUACUGCUCCGUUGUUUUGGGAGUGUCUCAGUAACACUCAAGUCCAUCAAAAUAAAAUCAACGCCUGUUAAAAUAAUCACAUACACAAUCCAUGACUUCAACUGCAUGGCGAAGCAAUUAACAGUAACAUUUUAUCAACCUACUAAAACCUACUGUCCUACUAUCAACCUACCUAUUGAAUGUUUAGGGGAUUUUAAUAAGUGUUUUCAUUUUGCCUUUAGCCCAGGUUGUGAUUUAUUUUAAAAUUGUAAGAAAUGGUAAUCUAAAGCAUUUAGCCGUAAAUAUGAUCAGUAAUGGGAACAGUGCUUAAUUUUUCUGUUAUUGCAACUUAACAAAAAAAAAAAAAAAAACUCAAGCGUAUGCAUUAUUUCUGCAGUGUCAGAAUGGUCAAAAUAAAAAUGAGGCUUUGGUGUAAUACUUAGGCUAUUUUCUUUCGAUAUUCACACAACCUCUAGAUGGCGACAGCGUUCCAGCAGAUAAAACUUCAGAGCCGUACAGCGGAACGCAAUCUCGGUAUUACAACUGAACUCUACAUCUUGUCUGUCGUCUCCUAUUGCGAUUCCUGUGCCUUGAUUGGCUGAAAAUGCAUCUCGCAAUGGUGAGAGCCAAUAAUAAUAAUGUGCUUUUGAUAAAAGUUGGCUUCGCAAUUGUUAUGUGAGAGGAGAAUACAAGCAAAAUACGCAAGAAAGAAUCAAAGCAUCAAGUAAAAAGGCAUAUUCUCGCUGAUUGUCUGUUCUGACAUCACACAUCUGACAAUUAUUAUCUGACAUCUGACAAUUAUUUACUUAAAAUGUUAAACAACAAGCAUAAAGUUAUCAAGUUGAAGUUCAUAGUCCCACUCCAAAAAAGCCUUGUGACAAUAAAUGUGUCUGAUUGGAAUUAGUCUUCAUUUGGGGGCUAAGAUGGAUCCAGGGGGGCACAUGCGUGGCAUUUAAUGAAAUUUAAUUAACGAAAUAUUAUGUAAACAAAGAUCAAAAAUAAGGCCACCAAUGUUCCAACAUUGCAUUAUUAAUGCAUCAAUUAAAAUUCUACCUUUAAGAUUAUACAUUUUUAUUUGGGGGGUCCACAAAGGGAUUGAAAAAGUUUGAGAACCUGGUUGGUUGAGCUGGUGUCUGAGCAGGGGGCACCAUAAGGGGGGAGGGGGGGGCUUGAUUAGGAUAGCUUCACAACAACACAGCUGAGACUGGAAAGUCCAUUCAUACCUAGGCUGAGGCUCAUAUGUAAAAAAAAAAAAAAUUUAACAAUCAAUUUCCUAGGAAAAUAGUAUGCCUACAAAUUUUUUUUUAAAUAAAAUGAAAAGUGUGAGUAAUCCACCUGCACUUGUUGUAACUGUAUUUGUAGCACUAUCGAAAACACUUCAUCUUUACCACAGUAGGUAACCUCUAAAAGUAUUAGUUUUCAUUGAGCAAUUUAGCUUAUGAGUAGCUUUCAUUAUGCAACUGAAUAGGCCCAUCUAUAAAUCAAGACAUACAACCAGAUUUGAGACCAUAGAGCCAUUUUUUGUCUUUUUAAGAUUUAUUUUUGGCGUUAUUUGUACAGUAACAGUGAGAGGACAGGAAACGAAGUGGGUGAGAGAGGGAGUUGGAUCGGGAAAGGACCACGAGCCGGGACUCGAACUUGGGUCACCCAGAGCACUAACCACAAGGCUAUCGGCUCCGACCAUAGGGCCAUUUCUACAUUGUCCCAGUAAGCUUUAAGUCAAUGAAAUUUAAAAAGCAAACAUGAGUUCACGAUGGAAAUAAACCACAGCACAGUAUAAAUGUUCCUUACCUCUAUUUUAACGGAAUAAAUAGGCCUAUCCACAUGAACAGGCAGUGUGGAUUGGUGUUCACUCACUCAUAGAAAGAUAGAAGUAAAAUCAAGUAUAAUCAAAAUUAAAAAGCACAACUCCUAAAUAAUCAACAAUCAUGUUAAGUGCCAUGCCGUUUCAGUAAAAA